AAGUAUGGCAGAUUUGGUCGUGCGCCAAUGUCACCCAAGAAGAAAUGGGGAAUAUUUGCUGCAGUUGUUGUUGGUCUAAUAUUGCUAGCGAUCGUGAUUGCUGUUCCUUUGGUUGCAGUUCAUGAUCGUCAGCAUUCUGAUGGUGCUACAGUGCCGGGUACAGGACCACACGGUGAAGUGUUAACCUCGGGUGGGAAUGGCACCGAGAUCCGAAUGGAGAAUGGCACAACGUUCACAUACAUAAACAACUUUGGCGGUGAAUGGCGAAGUGAUCUCAACGAUGAUGGUGCAAGGGCUCAGAAUUAUACUCCUCCCCUCAAUCAAAGUUGGGAUUACACAAAGAAUGGAAUACUUGGUGUGAACUUGGGAGGAUGGCUCGUAAUAGAACCUUUCAUUGCGCCGUCUCUCUUCGAACCGUAUGAGAACGAUAGCUCGAAAUAUGUCGUUGAUGAAUACACCCUGAUGAACGAAUGGAAUACCGAAGGCGGCCAAGCAUUAAAAGAAAAGAAUUUACGUCAACAUUACGACACUUUCAUCACCGAAUAUGAUUUCAUGUUGAUCGCUGCUGCAGGCUUGAAUUGGAUUCGUCUACCGAUUGCAUAUUGGGCGAUUAAUACGAUGCCAGGGGAGCCCUUUGUACAAGGAAUGUCUUGGGAAUACUUUUUAAAGGCGAUCAAAUGGGCAAGAAAGUAUGGUUUGCGUAUCGAGCUCGAUUUGCACGCAAUUCCCGGCUCACAAAAUGGUUACAACCAUGGUGGUCGACUGGGCGUUUUUAACUUUCUCAAUUCGCCCGUCGGGAUGGUUUCCGCUGAAAGAGCAUUAGACAUUAUCAGGGUUAUUGCAGAAUUCGUUGCUCAGCCUGAAAUUGCCAAAGUGGUACCGGUCUUUGGUGUUUUAAAUGAGCCAAACGUUCCCGUUGGUAUCGGUCAAGACAACAUCAGAAGAUUCUAUAUUGAGGCGUAUUCGCUCAUCCGCAAUAUAACUGGCCUUGGUCAAGGUCAUGGUCCGAUGAUGGCAUAUCAUGAUGGCUUCUUGGGUCUACCAGCUUGGUCCGGAUUCAUGCAAGGCGGAGAUCGAAUUGCUUGGGAUUUGCAUCCUUAUGUCUGUUUCACAGCGCCUUUCGGUGACAGACAAAAUUUCAUCAAUACAGCUUGCAAUGGUUGGGCAGCAAAUACACAGCUAGGAUUUACUCAAUAUGGUGUUACUCUUGCCGGAGAAUGGUCUUUAGCAACAAAUGAUUGCGGUUUGUUCCUGAAUGGUCCUUUCCAAGGUGUUCGCUAUGACGGCUCAUUCUCUAGUGGAGCAUUCACAAAGACCGGUAGUUGUGUACCUUUUGAUGAUUGGACAUCCUACAAUGAUACUACAAAGCAAACAAUGUAUCAAGGCGCCAUUGCAGCAAUGUCUAGCUUUGAAAACUUUUUCUUCUGGACAUGGAAGAUUGGAGAUAGUUUGCGUACGGGCCAGCCAGUCAAUCCAAAUUGGUCCUACUUGCUUGGAUUACAACAAGGAUGGAUGCCAAAAGACCCAUAUAGAGAAUCGCAAAAUGCUUGUCAAACUUUGCAAAAACAAGGAUUGUCAGGAAUCACCAAAGCCUCAGUCACAUGGUCUUCCACAUUUGCUGAUUACCAGACGGGUGCCGCUUCAACAUAUUCUCCCAAUACGGUCUCAUACAGCUGGCCGCCUCCAUCAAUUACCGUUAGCGGUCAAAGUGGAAACGUGAUUGCGGCGACCGCUUUACCAACUUAUACGCCCACCGGGACAGUACUCAUUCCUCCAACACCCACUUAUUCUCUCACAUUGACAAACGAAGUACAACCAACAAUCGACCCAUGGACGCAAGGCGGUAGACAAACGCCUGCAUUUACGCCUAUUGCAGGAUGCACAUACUUUGAUAGCAUUUGGAACAAUUAUACUUCUGCUUUGCCUGGUUGGCCCUGCGGCGGAAGUGGUGGAGCAUCAAGACGAAAUCUGCAACCA